CUCCAGGUAAGCCUGCGACCUACUCAACAAUGUUAAAAGGUGUAUUACGAGUCAGUGGUAGUCAGUGUUGAAUCGAAACCAGAACCGUUCCGAGGUACCGUAAGUACAGUUAUAACAUCUUAUACGGAAAGAACCAUCGACUACUGUCAUUUGUGCAGUGGUCGUGUGCUGCGUGACAUGUGACUGGCGCCAAAGAAAAAUCAUUAUCAUCGAAAAUAGAAGAAUAUUAUUACCAGCCCCUUGAACAUGGCGACCACUUCCUCACUGUUUCUAGUCAUUCUAGUUAUCACCCCGACCCUCCAAGAUACCGCCAACAACCAAAUAGACGACACUUUCCAAGAAGUUAAAUCCGAGAUCCUCCAAGAACAAACGCUCCAAAACGUAGGUGGGCUGCUGAACAGCUUCAUGCAUUCUGAAGGAGCCAAACAACUAGGAGAUAUCUUAUCAAAUGCAGCAACAGGGGAAAACGCUGGUGAAAUUCUCCAGGGUCUUGGAUCCGUCCUCGGGCAGGGCAAAGGCCUGGAUCCUUCCAUGUUAGGAAUGUUGGCGAACAUGGUGCAACCACACACCGGCAAUAAAGACGACUCCAUCGACACGAGCCUGAUUUUUUCGCUUUUGGGCAACUUUGUGGGUCAAUCAGGCGAUACUGUGAAUUUGUGGAACUACGUACCCAUGAUCUUACAAACCGCCAACGCUUUCCUCGGACCUGAGGCAGCUGAAAGAGCCAAAAGGCACUCGGAUCACGCCGACUUCUUACCUCCGAUAAUCGAAAAACUCCACUUACUUUUCGACCACUUCAUCAACUCCGAACUCGGCAAAACCUUGUUUAACACACUCGGUGCGGAAAAGUUCAUUAAAGUAUUCGCCGACGAAGAAGGAAGAAUGUCGUAUCGCAGGUUCGUCGACAUGCUAGAAAACCACUCUUUCCGCAAACACUGGAUUAGCAUGGUUACUAGCAAAAUUGCCAAGGUCAUUUCACACUUCUCAGAUCCGAGGACACGGAAGAAGUACGUUACAACGACCCAGCACUUCAUCAACAGCAUUUUGAAGAGCCAGAAGUACCCGAAAUCCACACUUUUUGAUCCUAACAGACCGACGGAAACUAUCACGAACCUCGUGGAUCACUUUGCGAAAGAGUCCCUCAACAUAAAAAUUAGCUCGUUGGAGUACGUCAAACCCAUAGUCGAAUACGUGAAGGAACUGUUCCGUAUGGUUGAAAAGCGGGGGAUGUUGAGCGUAGAUUCGCAGAAACUUUCCAAUAAACUUGCCGACACGAUUAAUCUUGAAGUGAUCGAACCUCUGGUGAGGGUCAAUAGGGCGUUCAGAUUUGCUCGAAAGGUACCCGCGUGUGACAGGUACGUCAUGUGUUUAGUAAAUGAAGAACCGCAAGACGAUAAACCCAGCAUUCCUGGCUUGAGGCCUCUUCUCAGCAAAUCAUCGAGUUUAAUCUUCAGCUGGUUUUUGAGUUCGGUGACGAAAACCUCUUACUUUGACUUUUAUGGUUCCAUUGUGGGCAGCAAAGACUGCCAGAAGUGGUACAACGAAGCCUGCAACGAUUUUCACGAUGAAGAAAUGCGAGUUAAAAGGGAGAUCAUUCAUAGUGAACUGUGACCUUCGAAAAGUGGGGACUGAGUGUUUGCGCUAACUGCGGGCAUCUUGUUGAAGAGUUUUUAUUUAUUUGUAUUUAUAUUGUAAAUUUAUUGAUUAAAUAAAUUCCAAAAAAGUUGGCACUGA